GUCGGAUUCCGUUCGUCGCUGCCGUUACCCGUCCACCCAAUGGCUUCCGCUGUGGCGGGCAACCUACGCCGGAAUGGCACACUGCAGUCGUGCGAGCGGUGUCGGAAGACCAAGAUCAAAUGCGACCAUUCCAUUCCGAGAUGUGGCCGCUGCAUGGCUAAGAGCCUCGAAUGCAUCUACGAGCCAGCGCCCAUGACGAGGCGCUUCCGCGCAGCUCGCUUCGACAUCCAGGCUGGGCGGGUCCGGACCACCACCCGGGCGCAGGACGCCGCCGAGAAACAGUUGCUGCAGCCAUCUGCAGAGACGCAACCUGCGCCCCCAAACCCAGUUCCUAGUGGUCCCAUCGAGAUAACCACGCCCCCGUUUCAGACCGGCGGGUUUGUUGGCCCAGGAAGCUACCGGACCGGGCUCACGGCGGACGAGACCCAGACUCCGCUGGCCAUCUCGGGCUAUUCCAGGACCGCAGCGUCUCCCGGCAGGACGACGACGCAUACCAUCGACCGGAAAAGGCUGGACGUUGGCCUGCAGAUUAUUGACUUUGUUCUCGAACAUUCUGUCUUGCUGCAGAAUCUGAUGCGCCACAUCUACCGUGUGAUCCGCAUGCCCAUCGUGCCGCACAAGCUCAUGCUGCCGGCGACCGAGUCGUUGUUCAGCACCAUCCGAGCUAGAGUGCCACUCAAUGACGACGAGGCCAAGCUACACACCGUGAUUCGCAUCUUCCAGAGCUCCUACCAACCUAUACAGGCCACGAGAACGACAACGGUGGACCAAGUAUGCCAGUUGAUCACCGGGGAGAACCUCCGAUGGGAGACCAUCGGCAACAUCCUAGCAAUGGCGAGCCUGUGCUUGAUCCACAUCCAGGGCCGCGACUUCACUCUCCUCGAUCCAGAAAACCGGAGCAAGCAGGAGCUCAUCCAACCAUUUCAUGGCAUUACCGACGCUCUGACGACCCUGACCACUGCGUCGCCCGUCGUCAACGAGCUGGGUGUUGCUCUGAAAUACAACCAGCUGCUGCUGGCUCUAUACCGGUUUGGCGACUCGAGCCGGCACCUCUAUUCGAUCCUUACGGAACUCACAUCCGUCAUCUACGCAACCGGCUUGCAUCAAGACAGCAGCUUGGGCGGGCCCAAUUCCGGCAAAUACCCCGGCUUCAUGCACCAAUGGCGCCGGCGGUGUUUCACGGCCGUCUACUCGAUGGACAAGACCAUCGCCACGACUCUUGGGCGUCCGCCCCUGGUCCAUCGCAACUACUGCGUCUUGGACGCUCCACUGGAUUUUGACGAUGACGACUUGGCAGGACCAGAGCUAGAGCGGGAGCUGCGAAAACUCGACCAGCACGGAUGGAAUACCGACGGGCGACGCCGAACGACGACCUUUAUGCGUCUUCGGUACCUGCUCGCCAUCGUCCGCGAGGAAGUCCUGGAGUUGCAUCUGGGUGUAAACAACAUUUCCGACGCCCCUAACAGGGCCCAACUCGUAUUACAAAAGCUUCAGUCCAUCUGGGAUAGCUGUCCUGACAUCAUGAAAUACACUCCAGCUCUCUGGGACGGAUCCAUGACUUCUCACGACAUCUGGUUCUUACUUCGUUUUUAUCUCGACUAUCUGUACUCCAGGUUCCUCAUCUUCCGCUUCAAUGCCCGCCAGGACCAGUCCCCGGAGAGCAUUGAAUUGCUCCUCUACGCAGCUAAGGACGUGCUCUCCACCGUACUCGUCUUCAACGAACAGCGCGAACUCAUGCGCGAGGUCCGCAGCGACUUUUCGGCGGUCGUAAAGCCCCUCUCCUCCCCCUCCCCAACUACCUAACACCAUCCGGCUUAUCUCGCUUACUUACCUGCCCUGUGCUCCCAGUUCCUGCCCUACGGCCUCCCCUGCGCCGACACGCUCGCCGCCGAGCUGAUGUACCGCCCCUCCUCCUUCGCCCCGUCGGCGCCCAGUUGUGCUGCUGGCCCGGGCCCCGACGGCCGCCCAUCGCGUCUCGUCCGCGCCGAGGUCAUUCGCGAGCUGACUGUGUACGCGUCGUGCCUGAGCUGGAUGCCCGGCCGCGGCGGCAGGAGCUCCGAGUUCAGCCGCGAGGUGCAGUGGCGGCUGCUGCAGAUCCUGGACCAGAU